AUGUAUCCCAUGCCGAUUGAGUCAAGGGGCUUGGCCGCGCUGUACGAAGCAAUGUCUGCUCCCGUUCACGAGCGUGCUUUAAGUGCUGGAGUAACUGUGGGGCGUAGGACAUGUGGGCUUCCGAAAUCUUCGCUCAAUCGGCAGUUGCCACUGCGUAGUUGCCUGGAUGGUUGCAUGUUCGUCCAAAACUUGCACCUUUGCAGUACCCCCGGAAUGUGCUGCGAGUUCCUUGCGGAGAUGUGGUUCCGAAUCAGGUGGAGACUCGCGGUGCGUGGUGAUCCACGCACCGGAGGAGGAUGA